GCAACGUUUGACUAUGACUCUCACUACUGGAGUGAUAAAAACCAAUACAACAUCCCCGGCGGGAGGACUGGGUUUGACUCACAAGAGACCAAGUUACCGACCUAUUGGAACACACCUUUCUCCAAGAUCUGUCUCGGUAUGAAGAUAAGUGGACAGCUCAGGUUUAUUGUCUUUAACAAGCAAGCCAACUCUCCGCACUCACUGAUUGCUGAUGAUGCCGCGCUGGGUAACGAGUGGAAGAAGUUGAUUGGUGCGCAGGGCUCUUUGCAACUGAACUGUAAUAAGGAGGGCUUUAAUGCUGUAGGUAUUGCAAGAAUUGGCUAUGUAGCUAACCAGCAAAACGAUUGUCUCUCUUGUAACUCCAGAAUUGGGUUUGGUACUAGAGGAGGUUCCAAUACGUGCGGAAACGUAGCAGCUCUUUCGCCAGAUAAUGGUGACAGAAACAUCAAAGCCAUGGGAUAA